AUUGUAUUGUUGUUACUGUCAACAUGGUGAUAUGUAAGUUUCCACGAGUGCGCAUGACUGAAAUUUGUAACCGCUGUGGUCUGUUUACGUUCCUAUGGAAACAACGACUCAAGUUCAAUAUUUGUAAAUAAAAGAACGCGAUUCUUACAUAAAAUUAAUUUUCAUUUUUAUUUCUCGCUUGUUUUAAGUGUCCAUCAUGACUUCGAGCAGGGCUCAUGAAAAUUACGGAGAGAGGAAAAAUGCAUACGAAAAUACUCGACUGUCUUUGUUUGAUAUCAACUUAGAGAAAGCGAGAGCCAUGAAUAAAAAACAUCUCAUUCAUCGUGUCAUAUUUGCUGCAAAAAUAAAAUCUACAGUCACAGAACGACGUGAAAUUGGAGGCGGCUAUGAAAGACUAUUUAAACAAUUGCACUCGCAGAUACAAGGAGAGACGUUCACUGGCCUUCUUCUCAUCUAUCCAUCACAUGUUGUACACAUCGUUGAGACGUCUACAGAUAUUCUACAAGAGGUGAUAAGGCACUUGGAAAACAGUGAAAGAAAUGGAAAUGCACUUGUUUAUAAAACCAGAAUAUUGGUGUAUGCCCACGAUAUUUCGGCAAGGUUGUUUACCCAAUGGAGUUUUCGUGUGUUGAAUAUACCAACAUCAAGAAUAGAGAGUUACGAUUCCACUCAAUCUUACGAGGCAGUUGUAACUGAAGCAAUCACUGUUUUGUUAAAACUUGGGCAUCACCUUGCCCAAAUACCCAAGGUGAAUCUUAAGGUAGAAAUGGAUCAAUUAUAUGAGAAAGUUCCAGAUCUUCUUCCUCCUCAAGACAUGCUUGAAUAUAUGUGUGAAUGCAAUGACAUAUGCACUCCAAGUGAAUACAUCCAUCAUUAUGGAAAACCUUUUGCGACAGUCUUAGAUAGUGGUAAUUAUUUGUCUUCAAAAAUAAUCAGUCACAUGAUUGCUUGCUUGAGGAACAAUCUCUUUUUGUUUAGAGUUGGUAUGGCCGAUACCUAGCUACCUAAUGCCACAAAGUUAAUGAUGUAUGAGAGUGAACAUUGAUGUAUGAGAGUGAACAUUGAUGUAUGAGAGUGAACAUUGAUGUACGAGAGUGAACAUUGAUGUAUGAGAGUGAACAUU